AUGAAGGUUUUAAUUCUAUCGGAAUAUCUUCAUCCUCAAACUAGUGGAAUAACUGUUCGUAUAGAAUAUUAUGUAAAAUAUUUACGAAAAUUUGGUCAUCAUGUAACUGUUUAUGGUCCAACCGAUUGUCCAACAGCUGAUAAAAAAUUAUAUAGUAUUCCAUUUUAUUUUAUUAAUAAAGACAUGCGUUUAUGUUUACCAUCAUUUCAAUUAUAUAAAGAUAUUAUUUUUCAAAAAUAUGAUAUAGUUCAUAUUGUUGGUCCAAAUAUCUUGCUUUGUACAAUACUUCUUUUUUUACUUUGUAAAUUAAUGGGUAUAACUGUUUGUGCAUCUUUUCAUACAAAUAGUCUUGCAUUCUUCAAAGAAUAUUGUCCAAAUCGUGUUCUUUUUAAAUUAACUGAAUGGUGGGGAAUAUAUUGUCAAUACUAUCCACCAAUUUGGCUGAAAAUUCCCAUAUUACAUCCGGAAAAUUUUACCGAUUUGAAAGUUUGUUGUAACAAUUUUGAUCAAGGACAUAUUUUAUCGACGGGAAUUGAUACUGAUUUAUUUAAAUAUUCGCCAAAUUUUAUCAAAAACAAACUUGUUUAUAUUGGUCGAAUAGCACCGGAAAAAAAUUUAUUUCGAUUAAUCGAUUUGUUUAAAUUAGUUGAAGAUAAAUUUACUUUAGAUAUUAUUGGUUUUGGUCCAACUGAUAAUGCUUUAAAAGUUUAUGCCAAAGAAAAACAAGUGAAAAAUAUUCAAUUUAUUGGUAGAAUCGAUUACCAAGAUUUAUAUAAAUAUUAUCAAAGUGCACAAGCUUUUCUAUGUACAAGUUUAAAUGAAUCAUAUGGAUUUACUUUACUAGAAUCUAUGUCAUGUGGAACUCCUGUUAUCUAUCCAAAGUGUGAUGUUUUUCAAAAAUUAUAUAAACCAUAUUUUCCACAAUUAGAAUAUGAUGUUAAUAAUGACAAACAAUUUUUAGAUGCGUUGAAAUAUAUCCAAGAAAGUGAUGUACACUUAAGAGAAUCAUGUCGAACAUAUGCUUGUCGAUAUUCAUGGGAAACAUCGACUAAAGAUCUUCUAUCGAUUUAUGAAAAACUCUUAACUAAUCAUUCCAAAAAACAACCUUGA